AUGAGGAUAGAUGAGGAAGGAGCAUUUGUUGGACUGGUGGGCGGCUCACCCACUAGGACACAGCCACAUGCCAGGAAGAAUAGUCCAUCUGCGCCUCUAGACAGCAGAGACGCCAGAUUUGUAACAGAGCUGGUCUUUGGUGUGACUCGAUGGAGAAGGAGGUUGGAUUGGCUGAUCAGCCAGCUCAGACCAACAGGAGGGGCCCUGGAUCCACAGCUCCUGCAGAUACUCAGGCUGGGCAUCUUUGAGCUCCUCGAGCUUAGAAAGCCGGACUGGGCAAUCAAUAGCCAUGUCGACCUGGCAAAGGAACUAGUACGACCUGAGGCUGCUCGUCUUGUGAAUGGGGUCUUGAGAAACUUGACGCGCAUGCGCACCGCAAAUGCGAUUCCUAAGCCCAAGCUCGAGCCGGGGUUCAGUCAGAGUCAGCGGGCAGAUGUCUUUGGCAUCGCUGCCAGUCACCCCUCCUGGCUCGUUGAGCGCUGGAUGCAGCGCUUUGGGGAGGCAGAGACUCUCAAGCUGCUGGCGAGCAACAACAGGCGGCCAGUGUACAGUCUCCGUGUCAACACCAUGAAGGUGGACAUUGGCGUUCUGGAACAAGAGCUGCAGGAAGGUGGUGUAGAUGUGGAGCGAUCGCCCUAUUUGCCAGAGGAGUACUUGCGGGUGAACAGCGGGCUUCAGGAGGUCCUGGGGCAAGGACUGCUCAAGGAUGGGCUAUGCCAGGUGCAGGAUGAGUCAGCGGGCAUGGUGGUGUCGCUGCUGGAUCCUCAGCCGGGCGAGCACGUGCUGGACGCGUGCGCUGCUCCUGGCGGCAAAGCGCUAUUCGCGGCCGCCAGGAUGCUGGGCAAGGGGCAGCUGGUGGCCAACGACGCUAACGCACGGCGGCUGCGGGGGCUGCCUGGCACUGCCGCGCGGCAGGGGUUGCCUGCCGGCUUCCUGACGGUGGGAUCGGCAGAUCUACGGGAGCAGUCCGGGCAACGCCACGUGCCCUUUGACCGCGUCCUGCUUGACGCGCCCUGCUCUGGGCUGGGCGUGCUUGCCAAGCGCGCCGACCUGCGCUGGCGCCGACAGCCGGCCGACAUCCAGAGCAAUGCGCUGCUGCAGGAUGAACUAUUGGACGCGGCUGCGCAGCUUGUGAGGCCUGGCGGCCUGUUGGUCUACAGCACGUGCAGCAUCGAGCCAGAGGAGAAUGACUUGCGCGUCGAUGCGUUCCUUUCAAGGCAUCCUGACUUCACUGCGGAGCCAGCCCCACCAGGUCUUCUGCCAGACAGCGUCCUUGAUGACAAUGGCUUCAUGGCCACUUUCCCACAUGUGCAUGGCAUUGAUGGGGCUUUUGGUGCACGCUUACGGCGCAGGCAAUGA